AUGCCAAUUAACACCAACGCUGCCUUUAACCGCCUGCAGGACCAAAACAUCCGCGACCAGUCCUUUCUUCAGACAUCGUUCAUCGAGUACUGUGACGCAGCGAGCUCCGUGUCCGAGAUGGACGAGAUUCCCAACAACCCCAUCAUGGACCAUUUUGUUGCUGACUUGGGCUCUGAAGGCAUCCGCUCGUUGACCAAUUUCACCAUCUCUGAGUUCGAAACGCUGUGGUCGUUCGUGGACGACGCCAUGAACUCUGCUUGGCUGGAGGGACGAGGUCGCCGCUCGACGACCAGUCCGAAGGACUGCUUCUUCAUGGCCAUGACAGUCCUCAAGCACUACAGUUCAUGGGACAAGCAUGCAGCCGACUUUGGCUUCAAGGCCCCAACGUUCGAAAAAGCUUGUAAUGCGUGUGCUUGA